ACGUAAGAAUAUAUGUAUGGACGGAGCGUAAUGUAGGAUUUAGGACGAGGGGACCCAAGCGAGCGCGGUGAGGGGAAAUUGGGUGGCGGCCAUAUGUGAUGACUAGCAGAGAUCGCACGGUCGCAUAGGGAGGGGAUGACGCACACAAGCGAGCGACCGUGUCCGUGUGCGCACAGACACGGUCGCUCGGACAGCACUGCCUCGUGGUAGUGUCGCCGCCAUAUGUGAUGACUACUUUUCCCCUCACUGCUCUGGCUCGGCCCCCGCUAACUUACACUCCGUCCAUAUAUUCUUACGUCCAUGGCGCAACCGAAUUCGCCAGUAGUUUUCGACUUCAACUCACUCUCCCUAUGUUAUCCCUAUGUAGGUGGAAUAUAUUUGGUUGGCUUCCUGCGAGGUUCGUAAACGUUUGAAUCCGAGGCGUUGAUCGGAACGUUGUUGAUGUCAAAGCUGACCCGCUUCUAUUCCAACGUGACGUUUUGCUACUGAUUCAACAUGUACAUCAAGUCAAUGGUACUGGAAGGAUUCAAGUCGUAUGGCAAGCGAAUCGAGAUAAACGGUUUCGAUAAGGAAUUCAACGCGAUCACGGGAUUUAACGGUAGUGGAAAGUCCAACAUUUUGGACGCGAUAUGUUUCGUUUUGGGCAUCACGAAUCUCGGCCAGGUACGCGCCACUUCCCUGCAAGAUUUGGUUUACAAGUCAGGUCAGGCGGGGAUAAAGAAGGCUAGCGUUACGAUAACUUUCGACAAUCGUGACCGAGAGUCAUCCCCUAUGGGUUACGAACAACACGAAGAAAUUGUGAUUACAAGACAAGUUGUCAUCGGCGAUAAAAAUAAAUACAUGAUCAAUGGGACGAAUGUACCAAACAAACGAGUACAGGAUCUGUUCUGUUCUGUUCAGUUGAACGUGAACAAUCCGCACUUCUUGAUUAUGCAAGGCAGAAUAACGAAGGUAUUGAAUAUGAAGCCGGCGGAGAUUCUAUCCAUGCUCGAGGAAGCGGCGGGGACAAAAAUGUACGAGAAGAAGAAGCAAUCGGCGCUGAUCACCAUAGAUAAAAAAGAUAGUAAAUUAAAAGAGAUAAAUAACAUCUUGAAAGAAGAGAUAGGUCCAAGGUUGAACAAGUUGAAGGAGGAAAGAACAAGAUAUGUAGAAUUUCAAGGGAUAGAGAGAGAACUUGAGCACAGCAGACGAAUUUAUCUCGCCUGGAAGUAUGUUACUGCUUUAACUAAUAGUCAGAAGACGGAGGAGAGUGUCACGAUUGUACAAAAUAAGAUAGAUUCAAAAUUGGAGAGCAUAGCUGCUGGUGAAGAAGAAAUUAAGAACAUAGAAACAAAGUAUGCUAAACUACUGAAGGAAAAAGAAAUGGAAAAAGGUAACGUGUUGGAAUCCUUAGAGCAAGAGCUGCAAGAAAAUGAGAAAAAGCAAUCUAAAUUAUCGGCUGAAGUCAACAGUAAUAAGGAAAACGUUAAAGCUGUAAAAAAGAAAAUGGAGCAAAUAAAGAUUAAUAUAACAGAUGAUAAAAAUGCGCUUGUCCUAAAGGAGAAGGAAUUGGAGAAAGUUGGAGGACUUUUCCAGAAUUUGAAAGAAAUGUAUCAGAAAGAUAAUGAGGCAGUAUUGGAGGCACAAGAGAAAUACCAGAAGAUCACCGAUGGCCUCCUGGAAAGUGAAGACGGUACGAAUGCAACAUUGGAACAACAACUGAUAACUGCCAAGCAAAACGUUGCGCAGGCGCAAACCGAGCUUAAGCAAUGCGAGAUGACACUGACUCAUAAUAGGCAACAGUUGAAUAAAAAACAGAAAGACAUGAAUAACACUGGGAAUGAAUAUAAGAAAUAUAACAUGGACUUGGAAAAGAAGGAAAAGGAGUUGAAGAAUUUGGAGAAUGAGAUGCAAAAGUUGAAUUACAAGGAUGGUCAUUUGGAAGAUUUGAAAAACCAAAGAAGUAGUUUGUUGGCAGAAAUGAAGCCAUUGCGUGAGAAACUAGAUCAAUUUGAGUCGAGGUAUCCUCGCACGGGAUUCCAUUAUCAGAAACCGGAACCUAAUUUUAAUGCAAAAUCCGUGAAAGGUAUCGUAUGCAAUUUGAUUAAUGUGAAGGACAAGAAAGCUGCAUACGCUUUGGAAGUUUGCGCAGGCGGAAAGCUUUACAAUGUGGUAGUUGAUACUGAUUCUACAAGCAAAAAACUUCUCCAACAUGGGCAAUUACAGCAACGAGUUACGAUUAUCCCACUCAAUCGAGUGGCUGGUAGACCUAUCGAUCAGCAAACAAUCAGUUUGGCAGAAAGAUUGGUUGGGAAAGAGAACGUUCAACCCGCCUUAUCUCUCGUAGAUUUUCCAAAUGAGAUUACGUCGGCGAUGACCUGGAUAUUUGGCCAAAUAUUUAUAUGCAAGGAUAUGGACACUGCCAAGAAAAUAGCUUUCCAUGAAAAGAUUAUGAAGAAGUGCGUUACUUUAGAAGGCGAUCUUUAUGACCCAGUUGGUACGCUAUCCGGCGGUGCCGCAGCAAAAUCUGGAUCAAUUUUAUUAAAACUGGAAGAAUUGAAAGAAACCCGGGAUGAACUGAAUCACAAGGAACAGCUCUUAAAAAACAUAGAGACUGCUUUGUCAAAUAUUGCACAGACAGCGGAGAAAUAUGCGUCGUUGAAACAGAAAUAUGAUCUAUUAACUCACGAAAUUAAUAUGAUACGACAGAAUCUGCAACAAACAAGUUACCAUAAAAUCAAGGAAGAGAUGGAUCUUUUAAAUGUAGCUAUUGAAGAUCUUACACAACGGAUGGCUGCAGCAAAGAAUUUAGAAAAGGAUAGUGCCAAACGUGCAAAUGACAUAGAAAUUCAGUUAAAGGAUGCAGUGAACAUUCGUGAAAAACAGUUAAAAGACGCCGAGAACCAACUGACUAUCUCGAAGAAAAAAGCAGAACAAAGUCGCAAAGAGUGGCAAAAGAGAGAACAAGGAUCAGAGACGCUCGAAUUGGAAAUAAAGGAAUUGAAGAAAAGCAUUGAACUUGGUAAUGAACAAUUGCUUCAGGCAAGCGAGGAAAACAAUACGUUAGAAGAAAAGGGAGAAACUCUUCGGCAACAAUUGGAAGAAACCAAAAAUAAAGUUACAGAAUUGCAAAAUAAUGUUAAGAAGCAAAAAGAUGCAAUUAAUCAGCAAAACAAAGAUAUGCAGAAGUUGAUAACGAAAAAGGAAAAUAUUAUCAAACAAAAUACCGAGCUGGAAUUGGAUAUUAAAAAAUUAAACCACGAAAUUAAUGAUAUAAAAAAAAGUGCGACGGAAUGCAAGCAAAAAGUUUUGGAACUCACAAAGAGAUAUGAAUGGAUUAAUCAAGAGAAAUCUUACUUUGGACAAAAAGGUGGUAUAUAUGAUUUUGAAGUUAACAAACCAGAGGAGAUGGAACAAAAAGUACAUUAUUUAGAAGGAAUGCGUGAAAAAUUAAGCCGUAAUAUAAAUACACGAGCAAUCAAUCUUCUUGACAAGGAAGAAGAGCAAUAUAACGACACGGUAAAAAAGAAAAGAAUAGUCGAGAAUGACAAGAAUAAAAUUCUCGAGACGAUUAAGCACUUGGAUGAAAAGAAAAAAGAAACCUUACUUAAAGCUUGGAAACAGGUGAACAAGGACUUUGGCUCCAUAUUUAGCACUUUAUUACCGGGAGCUGAUGCCAAGCUACAACCGCCGGAGAAGGAAACGAUAACAGACGGUUUAGAAAUAAAAGUUGGAUUCUCAGGUAUCUGGAAAGAAUCGUUAGGAGAAUUGUCUGGUGGUCAAAGAUCCCUAGUUGCUUUGUCAUUAGUGUUAGCUAUGCUUCUUUAUAAACCCGCCCCGAUUUAUAUCCUGGAUGAGGUAGAUGCCGCCUUGGAUCUUUCACACACAGAAAAUAUAGGUACAAUGUUAAAAAGACACUUUAAACAUUCACAGUUUAUUGUUGUGUCGUUAAAAAAUGGUAUGUUCAAUAAUGCUAAUGUUUUAUUUACAACUCGAUUUAUUGAUGGUAUGUCGGCAAUAAGUAGAAGUGAAAAAGCGAGAUCCAAAUAAUUGUAUAACAAGUUUUAUGCUA